AUGAAUUCAUUGAAUAAUCUAUUUUUUCUUUUUGUAUUCGUAUCAAGUAUAAUUGGGAAUGCAUUGAGUGUUUAUACUCAUGCUGCUUUUGUUAAUGAUGUUCGUCGAUCACAACAAAAGUAUAGAAAAUUACGAAGUUCAGUUAUUUCUGAUCCUAGUGAAGAAUAUUCAUUACAAAUGAACAAUACAGCUUUAUUUGGAUUACAACCAUGUAGUCAUAUGCAAUGUGAAAAAAUUGCUAUUGUUGGUGCAGGUGUUACUGGAUUAACAAUUGCUUAUGAAUUGACUCGUGCUGGUUAUGAAGUUAUUGUAUUUGAAGCAAAUAAACAAGCUGGUGGACGAUUAUUUACUUUUGAUACAGAAAAAACAAUAAUUGAAUUAGGUGGAAUGAGAUUACCAUUAGAUAUUCAUACAUUAACAGAUAUUUAUAUUAGAAAAAGAUUUAAUUUACCAUUAGAACCAUUUAUUAGCUCUCAUCCAAAUACUUUUGUUUAUAUUAAUGGUAUUAGAUAUCGAUCAGAUAAUACAAGUUUUCUUCCUAAUGAAUAUAAUUUACAAGUUUAUUCUCCAUUUGAUCGAUGGAAUGAAGCAGUAAAACCAUUAUUCGAUUUAUUUUAUAAUCAAGGUUGGAAUGCUGUUGUUAAAAAAUAUGGUUCAUAUAAUGUAAGACAAUAUUUAAUUGAGUUUGGUUUAUCAAAUAUGAUGAUUGAUUAUAUUGGUUUAAUGUUUGGUAUUGAAACAAAUUUAUAUACAGCAUUGACAUCUCAUUUUCGUGAUGCACUUCUUAUUAAUGCAUAUACAAAAUUUUAUCAUAUUAUUGGAGGAAAUAAACGUUUAAUUGAAUCAUUAAGUGAACCAUGUCAAAUAAAUUAUUCAACAUCAGUUUUAGCAAUUCAUCGAAAUGAAGAUAAAACAAUAAAUAUAACAAUUAAAAAUUCUAUGAAUAUAACGAAUAUAAUGAAAUUUAAUCGUGUAGUUGUUGCAACAACAGCACCAGCUGCACGUUUUAUUCAUUAUACACCUAUUGAUGAACAAGUUAAAAGAAUGUCACGUGCAUUAAGACAACUUCAUUAUGAUUGUGCAAGUAAACUUGUUUUAUAUUUUAAUCGUUCGUGGUGGCAUGAUCAAAAUAUUUAUGGAGGUUCAUCUACAACUGAUUUACCAGUCAGAUUUAUUUAUUAUGAUAAUUAUAAUACAACAAUUAAUGGAAAUAAUCAUACGGAAUCUGUUUUGCUUGCAUCUUAUACAUUUGCACAAGAUUCAACAUUAUGGUCAUCAUCAACAAUUGAUCAAAUAACUGAUCAAGUUUUAUCUAAUCUUGAAGAAAUUCAUGCAAGAUCAGAUAUUAGACAAUUUUAUCUUCGAACUGUUGUUAAACAUUGGUGUACUGAUUCAUUUUCACAUGGUGCCUAUGCUUUAUUUUUACCAUAUCAAGAAGAAACUAUAAAACCUAUUUUAAUGGAAUCAUUUGAUAAACUUGUUUAUUUUGCUGGUGAACAUAUAUCAACAGCACAUGCAUGGGUCGAAGGUUCGAUUCUUUCAGCUUUACGCAUCUUAAUUCAAUUACAACAAGAAAAAUUUGAUAUUGUUAUUGUUGGAGGUGGUUUAUUAGCAUUACAAACAGCUAUUGAAUUAUCUAAACGUCAACCAACAUGGCAUAUUCUUCUUUUAGAAGAAUAUUCAUUUUUAAAUAAUACUUGUUUAAAUCAAUUUGAAUCUUCAUCAACAAAUAGAGCAACAAAAGAAUAUUUACAUUUUGGUCCAAAUCUAAUUAAUGGUCAAUUUAAUUCAACAGAUUUAAUGAAUCAAUUUUAUUUUGAAAAUUUACCAACUAAUUAUCGAGGUCAAUUCAAUGGAAAAUUAGAAUUUCUUAAUACAACAAAAAUGAUUAUUGAUUCAUUAAAUAUUCUUAAACAAGACAAAUAUAUUAAUAUAACAAUUUGUGAAAAUGAACGUUUUAUUAAUAAUAUUCAAAAUCAAAUAAUAACUAAUCGUCGAGAAAUUACAGUUAAUCAUAAAAUAUUAUUUCUCGACAAUUGUUAUUUAAAUGAUUAUAUUAAAGAAUUACUUCAACCAUUUAAAAUAAGUAUUAAGACAGAACAAUUUCCUUUAUUAUCAUUUCCUUUAAAACGAACAAAUUCAUUAAUAACAUGGUUAUAUAAUAAUCAAUUACUUGGAUAUGAUUCUAAUGAUACAAAAUCUGAACAAAGAAUAAUUCUAUUAAAUUCAAAUGUUACUAGUGCAUUAUCUUGGUUAAAUGAACAUGCAUCAUCUUUCAUUGAUAUUAAUCAAAUCAACUAUGAAUCUGAUUAUAAACAAACAACAUUAAUUGAUCAAGAUCAUAUUAUUGAUUAUUUACCUAAUUCAAGUAACAGAUCAAUUCUAUUUAUUGGUCGAACUAAUAUUGAUCUUUAUCCAAUAUGGAUUGAUAUUUUAAUAGAUUUAACAUUGAAUAUAUAUAAACCAAGCAUGUCUAACUAUUCUAUUCUAUUGCCAAAUCAAUUUGUAUCAAACUCUUCUUUUCAAAUGUCAAUCUCGAUGAAUAUUAUUUUCUUUUAUUUUCUUUUAUUGCUUUUUCUAAUGUAA